AUGACCCGACUCAACAUCCCGCUCUUCGUCGCGCUCGCAGCAUCGCUUUUGUCUGCUGUUCCCGCCAAUGGCCGUGAUACGCUCCCUCACCAGCGGAUGAUCCGCAAGCGUGGUCCACCCGUUGCGGGUCCUGGGGCGAUUGGUGCUGCUGCGGUGAUCGGACUGCGUGUUCGUCAACUGUCGGACGACCUGCUCCCGACUGCAAGUUCGGCUUCCAGUUCCGCGGCUGCAACCCCUUCGACGACGACGACAGCUGCUGCUGCCACCACCACAACGACAAGUUCGUCUUCGACAUCGGCUGCCCCUACGACAGCUACUACUCCCACUACGACGAGCUCGGCUGUUCAGACCACCAGUUCGAGCUCGUCGACUUCGGCGGCUCAGACCACUAGCACUGGUGGAGGUUUGCUCGAUCCUCUCACCAGUCUCUUGGGACUAGGCUCUACUUCAUCCACGACUAGCACCACCACCACCAGCUCAACACCCACCACGACUAGUACUUCAUCUACCACCAGUGCUGCUCCGACCCCCACCACCACCGCCCAGCAAGCUCCCCAGACUACCCAACAGGCCCCAGCCCCCCAGACAACUCCAACUCUGAAUCUUGGUACUCCUACUACCCCCACUCCUAGUCCCAACCGUGGCCCAGUGACGACUCAAGUUUUUGUUACUACAUCGCUGGAGCCUUCGGCCGCUGCUGCCGCUUCCCAGUCGGCAAAGGCCCAGAGAACUAAGACUAUCACCAAAAACACGAUCAUUGUUCUCGUCGUUAUUGCAGCUUGCAUUGGUGGUGCCAUGGCCAUCUGGACUGUCAUUCGCAAGUGGAAGCUUAGCCCCUCGGAGAAGUUUGACGACCGGAUGCAGCCAAUUGAUUGGACUCCUCCUACGAAUGGCAUCGCCGAAGAUGCGAUCGAAGAGAAGACCAAGCAUCGUCGUGUCGGAAGUGGCGCGUCGCACGGUAGCUUCACCAGUGGCGGUGUCCCACAAAGCGAUCAAGGACACGGUGCCAAGGCCGGCACGUACGCGGAUUCCCAGCGCGGUCAUGGCUAUGGCCCUCAAGACUUCCCACCUCCGCAUGACUUUACGGCCGGCGCUGCUCAGCCUGAUGCCUAUGGUCAGUACUACGGUGGUCAACAGUAUGCUGGCGGCCCUGGCUAUGCGGAUCUCCAGCGUGGACCUAGCGUUAGCGAGAGCACCUACAGUCAUGGGGCUAGUGUUUCGCGUGGCCUGAGCUAUAGCCGUGGUCAUGCUGCGUACGAUUCUCAAUCCGGCGCUGUUCCUCCUAUGCCUAACCCGUAUGGGGGCGAGUACGCCUAUGAGGACUAUGCCCAUCCACCAGCCGGGCAGGCUCAGGGACAGGCCCAGGCACCCUAUCGUGCAUUCUAG